AUGCACGAUCCGAUGGCAAUGCGUCCGUUCAUGGGUUACAACUUUGGUGAAUACCUCCAACACUGGAUUGAUCUGAACAAGCCCGGAAGAAAGGUACCAAAGAUCUACCAUGUGAACUGGUUCCGUAGAGAUGCUGACAACAAAUUCCUCUGGCCGGGCUAUGGUGACAAUAUCCGUGUUAUCGAUUGGAUUGUUCGCCGACUUGACGGUGAGCAGGACAUCGGUGUCGAUACUCCUAUCGGAGUUGUGCCUAAGAAGGGCUCAAUCAAUGCUGAAGGUCUGCCGGACAUCAAGUGGGACGAGCUUAUGUCAGUACCAAAGGACUACUGGUCAAACGAUGCCAAGGAGAUCAGGAAGUUCCUCGACGAACAGGUGGGACCAGAUCUUCCAAAGGAGAUCCGUGCCGAGAUGGAUGCACAAGAAGAACGUAUCAACAAGGAAGCGUAA